AUGAAGAUUGAGUGCAAGUUUAGCAGUUCUAAGUUAGAUUCUGAAGUCUAUAUUUGUGAAAUUGAUAGUCAAAAGCUCCUCAACUCCUCUUUAUUAGAGAUUAUUGGUGAACAUCAAGCAGAAAAGACAAAUGAAGAUGUUCAGUGUGUUUACAUUAUAAAUUGCAGCAUUCAGGAGCUCCCAAAAGCUCUUCUUGCUCAGUUUUCAAACAUAAAAGUCCUUAAAAUUGAAAAUUCAAAAUUAACAAAGCUUGAAAAAUUAGAAAAUUGUGAAAACCUUGAAGAAUUCUCAAGCAUCAACAACAAUGUUGAGUUCCUGCCUGGAAACUUGUUCGAAAACUGCAAAAAUAUCCAAAAAGUGUCAUUUCCCGAGAAUAAAUUGAAGAUUAUCCAGCCAAAUAUUUUAGAUGGUCUUGAAAAAAUCAACUUUGUAGACUUUCGGGGGAACAUCAACUAUGACUGCUGGUAUUCAUCUGAUCAAGCAUCCAAUUCCUCAACAAUCAAUGACAUACGAGAAGAAUUGAUCAAAAAAUUCAUCACUCUAACCUCAAAAAAUAACAAAAUUUUCACCAAUAAAUUUCAAAAUAAAAUCAAGCGACUUAAAGGAACCAGGCGGAAAUUAAGGAUUAAAACUCAAAAUCUAGAGCAAUCCCACAAAAUUCUAACAGAAGAGAACCAAAAGCUCAAGAAAUCACAGCAGCAUCUACAGCAACUAGUUCAAUUUAUGACAACUUCCGAAGACACUUUGACUGCAAACCUUCAAAAGUUAAAACAAUCUGAGAUGAGCUAUAAGAUCAGCCUUCAGCUAGAAAAGUCAAAACACCUCCAGAACCAAAGCCAGCCUCAAUCCAGCUUCCACACAGACAUCAAAACCUUUCUACAAAAUCAAAACUUUAAAGACUUCCGAAUCCAAAUUGAUGAUCGAGAAUUUCAAGUUCACAAAUUCAUCCUUGCUGCUCGCAGUUCAACUCUUGCUGAAUUUAUGACUCAAAAUCCUAAUGCUGACUUUUUGAUCCUUGAGGACAUUUCUGUUAAUAUCUUUGAGACAAUUUUGAUGUACAUCUACACUGAUGAACUUCCAGGUGAUGAUAAAUGCAUAAACUAUAAUCAUUUAUAUGCAGCAGCUAGUCGAUUGGACAUUUUGGAGCUUAAAAAGUUUGCAGCUUCAAAAGUUAUGGACAAAAUCAACCAGCAGAAUGCAGUUGAAGUCCUGAUGCUGAGCAACAAACACAAACAUUAUGAAAUGAAGCAAAAAGCUUUCGAAGAAAUUAAAAAGUCAUAUCCUGAAUUUCCAUCAAUUUGGAUGGACAAGCCUAAGAAAGUUAAGGAUUUUAUUGAGACACCCGACCUUAAGAACUCUGGUGUGAACGCACCUGCAUCAAACAACUUAAGAGUGAAGGCACCUAAACCUAGCAACUUUAUUGUGAAGGCACCUGAAACUAGAAACUUUAGCGUGAAGGCACCUGAACCUAGCAACUUUAGUGUGAAGGCACCUGAUCUUAAGAACUCCAAUGUGAAGGCACCUGAACCAAACAACUUUAUUGUGAAGGCACCUGAACCUAGAAACACUAGUGUAAAGGCACCUGAACUCAAGAACUCUAGUGUGAAGGCACCUGAACUUGAGUACUCUAAUGUGAAGGCACCUGAACCAAACAACUUUAUUGUGAAGGGACCAGAACCUAGAAACACUCGUGUAAAGGCACCUGAACUUGAGUACUCUAAUGUAAAGGCACCUGAACUUAGUAACUCUAGUGUAAAGACACCUUUAGAAAAUUUAGUAAGAGGGCAUUCAAACCUUUAA